CUUCCGCCUCUUUGUGAACAAAAGAAAUGAGCGACUCGUUUCCUACCUAUCUGAUACUCACUUUAUCUGACACCCAAAUAAAAAUUCCACAAUGAAACUAUUGACAUCUUUUUUUUUUAUCGAGACUCGAUAACGAAAUGUUUCGGAAGUAGACGCAUCGUGUGAUAACCAGUUCAAAGAACUUUAUUGUAACAGUGUCUCUUGCAGUAAAAUGACUAUAAAAUGUGUUCCAAUAUGUUACUUUUGAUAGCUUCGCUUAGCUGGGUUUUCAUUGGAGUCGUAAGAUGUCAAGAUUUCGCCGGAAUGAAGCCCUGCCCAGCGAUCAAAUUUAAUUUUUCGCAUUCUGUCGACGAGCUUCUAGGUCAUUGGCAUAUUACUUUACUAAUUAUGGAAAAAGCAUCUGAACAAUUCGAAGACCGUCCUUUAUGUAUACAGGGCAAACUAGUUAAAACGAAUAGCACGGAAUUAAUCCAGCUUUGGAAGUUGAAAUUGCCCGAAUUACUACACCAAGAUGAAACUGAGAUAGAUUUUCCAACGACAAUAGUACAGCCUGGUAUUUGGAUAGUUCGAUCUCCUUUCGGAGUUGAAAUGACCGGUACUAUUUUAGAUACAGAUGGAAAAUCGUAUUUGCUAAUCAUGUAUUGCGGUCGUACACCGGAUCUGUCCGCCCAUUUCAUGACUUUAAUGAUGUCAAGAGAGAAUGUCGUAACACCGAGACAGAGAUUGCAAUAUUUGUCUGUUUUGAUCAAGAAUGGUUUUGAUCCUUUCCAGGACAGAAUAGUUAGUUGGAGCGAUUGUUAGAUAUCAAUACUUUAUACCAAUAUCAAUCAUUAAUAUUACCUGUACUUUCAAUAAUUAAACCGCUUAUCAUGUCA